AUGGCCUUCAAUUCCACCUCUUGGGCAGAUAGCUCGGAGAACACCUUCGGGCCGGCUAGCAAUUUGAGGCCAUUUGACUUUACUAUUACCUUCGAACAGGCUAUACUGUCGAUCAUUCCUUCGGCGGUCCUGCUUCUGGCUGCACCAGCCCGACUAUUCCAUCUGUCUCGCUGUCAACGAAAGACACUCCCCGAACAUGACUCUAUUUUGAAGUUGGUCGCGGCUUCGAUCAAUUUCGCCCUUCACCUCUCCCUCCUGGUGCUAUGGAGCGUAUUAGUUACUUCGCCGACGUCGACUAGCAUCCCAUCUGCUGCUCUUGGUCUCGCCAAUUCUAUCAUUAUUAUUGGGCUGUCCUACAUCGAAGACAUGAAAUCAACACAUCCCUCUUCUCUGUUGACUGUUUAUUUGCUUCUCUCGAUUCUGUUCGAUGCGACACAGAUUCGGACACUAUGGCUUACACAUCGAGUCACUAUUGCCGCAGUACAGAGUGCAAUCCUUGGGACUAAAAUCGCCAUGCUCUUAUUAGAGAACCGAGAAAAAACAUCUUAUCUGAAAUCCCCUUAUAAAGAGUAUCCGCCCGAGGCAACCCGUGGCGUUAUUGAUCUAGGCUUUGUCUGGUGGCUGAAUCGGCUCUUUUUGACUGGGUAUCAGAAGAUCAUUGGGAGUCAAGACCUUUUUGUUCUUGAGCCUGGCCUUAGCUCUGGCAGUACAGGCGAAAGAUUGAAAAGAGCUUGGGAGAAGCAUGGCAAUGCGGAGAACAAGCUUUCCUUGCCUUGGGCUUUCUUUUGUUGCUUUUGGUGGGAAUUCCUCGCUGUGGCUUUUCCUCGACUAUGUAUGAUUGGCUUCAACUUUGCCCAGCCAUUCAUGGUUACGGCGGUCUUAGUUUACAUAGAGGAUCCGAUCACACCAGAGAGCUGGAAUCGUGGAUAUGGUCUCAUCGGAGCCACUUUCUUGAUCUACCUUGGACAUCGCUUCUCCAGAGUGAGCACUCUGUUCCGGGGCACAAUGAUCUCAUUGAUACACGACAGGACCUUGACGCUUCAGGCUGACUUCUUUGCGGAGAGUGCAGCUCUCACGUUGAUGAGUACAGACAUUGACGGCAUUAUUGAGCACCUAGAAAACUUCAAUGAUAUAUGGGCUCGCACGAUUGAAGUAGCAAUUGGUACAUGGUUACUUGAACGACAAGUGGGUCCAAUUUGCGUGGUUCCAUUGAUUCUGAUUCUAGCAUGUCUGGGUGGUCAGAAGCUUGUGGCGAAGACAAUCGGGAAGAAUCAGCAAGAUUGGAACCUUGAAAUCCAGAAGAGGAUUCAAAACACAUCUGCAGUACUGGGUUCUAUCAAAGCUACUAAGAUUUCAGGACUCUCUGGCAAACUAUCGCAGACCCUCCAGGGGAAUCGCGAACGAGAACUCUUUAUAUCCCGCGCUUUCUUCACGGGGAUCAUGUGGCUAAACGGUCUAGCAAGUGUGCCUCGGAUAUGGUCGCCUGUCAUUACCUUUAUUGUGUACGCUGUACAAGCACAGAUCAGGGCCGAUGACUCUCUCACUACCGUGAAAGCAUUUACUGCUCUAAGUAUUAUCACGCUCGUCACUACGCCCGCGGAACGACUCCUCGCUGUCUUGCCCCAGCUAUCGGCUGCCAUGGGGUGUUUCCAGCGGAUACACGAAUACAUGGUAUCGGAGUCACUGAAAGAUAGUCGAGUUAGCAAAGAACCUUCAUUGUCUACUUCCAGCGACGUCGAGCCUCAGGUUUCCAUCGCCUUGGAUUGCGCUACUGUCUUACCUUCACAAAAGGCCACAUGUAUCGCCCUUACUGAUGUGUCUUUCAAAGUCGCCAGCGGCAGCCUUGUGAUUGUUAUUGGGCCUGUUGGCUCGGGUAAAACUACGUUGCUAAAGACCGUCCUAGGAGAGCUUGGUUGUGUGUCGGGUGCCGUGUCUAUCGAAUCGAACAGCGUAUCAUAUUGCAGCCAGAAUCCAUGGUUGCUCAACACGACAAUCAAGAAAAGCAUAACUGGUAUCUCGGACCAUGAAGUCGACGAGAAGUGGUAUAAAUAUGUCAUAUAUUCAUGCUGUUUGGGCGAGGACAUUCGUCGUUGGCCUGAUGGUGACCAAAGUGAGAUUGGAAGUAAGGGUCUUGCCCUUUCGGGAGGUCAAAAACAGAGAGUGGCGCUGGCUCGUUCGGUGUACAGCCGCCAUGAUAUAGCCUUGCUCGACGAUGUCAUGAGUGCGUUGGACGCGCACACGCAAGAAAUGAUCAUCCAACGACUUUUCUCUCGUGAUGGGAUAUUUCGCCAGCUAGGCACAACUGUCGUUUUGACUACUCAUAAUUCUCGACUCCUUGGGAUCGCAGACAGUGUGGUCUCGCUCACUUCAGAUGGCCGAGUUGACCUUCAAACAACAGGAAGUGAAGCCAUGCGUAAUACAGAUUUGCAGACUAGACAAUAUUCGGAUCUGCAGAUACAGAAUGAUCUCGAUGACAAACCCAAUAAUCAUCCAAACACAAUAGCUUCGAACUCCAACCCCAUUAGUGAGAUCGAAAAUAUGGAUCGGACUCGGCAAAUUGGAGAUCUAUCAGUAUAUUAUUACUACGCACAAACAGUAGGUCCAGUUCUUUGCGCCGUGUUUCUUGUUGGGCAUGCGUUCUUAGCAUUCGCCGAGAGCUUUCCCCAAGUAUGGUUGAGCAAAUGGACCACAGCAGGAGGUGGACAGCUUCCUCUCUAUCUAUCUGUCUAUGUGAUCUUGGCACUAGCGGCAUCGCUUCUUACCGUUUGCUGCAUAUGGGUCGUCUUCCUUAAGCUGAUGCCGAAGUCGGCCAUUCGUUUGCACUGGUUGCUUUUGAAUACGACUAUGCGGGCACCGCUUUCCUUCUUCUCUGCCACUGAUAAUGGUGUGACCUUGAAUCGAUUUAGUCAAGAUAUGACCCUGGUAGAUUUAGCUCUUCCAAUUGCGCUGAUGUCUUCCGCUGAGGCGUUCUUUGGAUGUAUUGCUGCCAUUGGCCUGAUUGCCAUGGGGUCUGCUUAUAUGGCGACAACAAUACCGGUCACACUGAUUGUACUCUAUUUCUUGCAAAAGAUUUAUCUCAAGACAAGUCGCCAACUACGAUAUCUCGAUCUGGAAUCUAGAAGCCCAUUAUACUCCCACUUUGCCGAGGUCCUCGAAGGUCUGCCGACAAUUCGGGCUUUUGGCUGGCAAGACGCCUCAUCAAAAAUCCUAACUCAACACCUCGAUCGGUCCCAAACGCCGUAUUACAUGUUACUAUGCGCGCAAAGGUGGUUGAAUCUGGUCUUGGACAUCGUGGUGAUGGCAUUGGCAACCGUUGUGGUAACACUGGCCGUCAUGCUGCGUACCAGAACAGACUCGAGCCUCCUCGGCGUCGCAUUGAACAAUAUCCUUGGAUUCAACCAAUUGUUAUCAUACUUCAUCACAUCAUGGACUACUCUAGAGACCUCUCUCGGAGCGAUAGCACGUGUCAAGUCAUUUGUUGAAACCACGCCAUGUGAAGACCAACCAGGUACAAUCGCAGAACCGCCAGCAUCUUGGCCCGACAGAGGGGAGAUAAACAUACAGGGUCUCUGUCUCCGCUACCGUGACAGAACUCUGGCUCUGGAUGACAUUUCUAUGCAAAUCCGCCCGGGUGAAAAAAUCGGUAUCUGUGGCCGCACUGGCAGCGGGAAAAGCUCCCUCACGCUGGCCAUGUUGCGCCUUGUAGACUACUCGCAUGGCAAUAUCACAAUUGACCAGACUGACAUUUCCAUGAUCACCCCGGAAUCAAUCCGAGAGAGGCUGAUAGCAGUGCCGCAGGAUCCGUUCACACUUUUAGGAAGCAUCCGUUAUAAUGCAGACAUCAUGGGACUCUUCAGUGACAGCCAAAUUACAGCUGCGCUGAAACAGAUUGGCGUUUGGGAUGCGAUUGAAAGCCGUGGGGGCCUGAAUGCACUCCUUGAGGACCAUCCACUGUCGCAAGGAGAGCAGCAACUCUUUUGCCUGGCACGGGCAAUUCUCAAAAGGCAAAUCAGUAACGGUGGAUGUCAGGUACUAAUCCUGGAUGAAGCAACGAGCAGUCUUGAUACCCAAACAGACCAGCGAGGGCAGAACGUCAUGAGGGAUGCUUUCCAUGACUGUACUGUUUUCAGCGUCGCUCAUAGACUUGAUACAAUCAUUGAUUUCGAUCGGAUUGCAGUAUUGGAUGCCGGCCGUCUUGUUGAGUUUGAUACCCCACAAAACCUUCUUGCUAGAGAAAAUUCGAUGCUGAUCACUGCGCGCACCUAUUCAGCCUCCCAAACCCCAGACCUAGGUGCCCAACUGUCUAAUACAAGGUCACGAUUUCAUCCCCUCUCCGGCUGGAAAACAAGUCCGGUAGAUACAAAGGAAGCGACCGACAUGUUGUUAGUCCAUCAAGUUGGUAGUGUUCGCGUUGGGGAAGUUGUUAGAUACACAAUUACAUACACCCCGGCGGCCGAUCCAAUCCUUCCCAUUCCUUCCAAUCUCUACGUGAGGGUGAAGAACACAUCUGCCAUCCCAUUACGCGCCGCAUACCUCCAUGGCCCGUACACGCUAUACGCCGCUUGCUAUCCCUCUCAGUUCGACCCCAACACUAAAUAUGAGCGACAGGAUUUGGAGGGUACACCGCAGUUUGAGCCCUACCUCAAGGCCGGAGGUGGUUGGGACGCCGCCAUCAAGGUGCCGCCGAAUCUCCUGGAAGCUCACGACUUUGGCUCUCCCGGUCAAGGUGGACCGGCAAGUGGACAGAGCGUUAGCUGGAUUAUUGAGAUACAAUCACAGGUGAUAUUCUCAAGUAGUGCAGCGGUGCAUUUUGAGCUGCUGGUGGGCCGAGAUGAAAAAUCGCUGGCAUAUCUCUCGGGCGGUGCAUGGAGUAGCGGGAAUGGUUCGACGGGGCCUCCGGCAAAAUUACAAGACCAUUGGAUCUCUGAAACCAGAGGUAGUCAGGUGCUUGCCUCGAAAGGCGUGUACUCAAAAGCAAUCGCUCUUCAUGUCGACGAUACAACUAGUCUAUGGAGCAACCCGCCAUUCCCCUCGGCGGAGUCGGCCUCCAAAAGUGUUGAUCGGAAGUCCCAGGACUCAAAACCUCCGUGCGACAAUCCAGCGCCGGAGGACUCUACUGAAGCUCCGAUAGAAAGCGCCAAGAAGAAGCCGGUUCAUCUUGUGUUACUGACACAUGGGUUGCACAGCAACCUCGGUGCAGACAUGCUCUAUUUGAAGGAGAGCAUUGAUGCAGCCAUGAGAAAGUCAAAAAAGAAAGACAGUCACGCCAAAGCUCCACACGUCACCCCGGUUGGGCAGGAUGAUCGAGAAAGCUCGACAAGGUAUGAAAUCUUUUUGAGCGCUUUGACAACCAACUCUCUAACCCUUCAUUUUGUCAGUAGUAAAUUCAAUCAUGUUGAGGAUGAGCAAAACAGCCAGUCUAGUGAUAACACCGAUGAUGACGACGAAGAGCAAGUCAUUGUCAGAGGGUUUUCUGGCAAUGCUGUCCGGACUGAGCGUGGGAUUCAAUACCUUGGCAAACGGCUGGCCAAAUAUGUCUUGCUUCUCACGUAUCCCGAUCAACCCUAUUUUCCUCUGAAGGGCUCAAAGUCGAACCCAUUUUCUCGACCUUUUAGUGCUCGCAAGGAGCGAGCUCAGCCAUUUGCUCAUUCGGCCGAAUCAACCCCGCAAGAGAAUGCCCAAGAAUUUGGAAAUGAAGAUCAUGCUUACCAGAUUACGAGCAUUAGUUUUGUUGGCCAUUCUCUCGGUGGGCUUAUUCAGACAUAUGCAAUCGCAUAUAUCCAAAAACACUCGCCUGAGUUCUUUGAGCGAAUUAGGCCUAUUAACUUUAUUGCUCUUGCAACCCCUUUUCUUGGUCUCAGCAACGAGAAUCCGAUGUAUGUUCGAUUUGCAUUGGAUUUAGGUCUAGUUGGUCGUACCGGCCAGGAUCUCGGGCUGAGUUGGACGGCACCGAAAGUUCGAAGUGGCUGGGGGGCUAUUAUUGCUGGAAGGGGAGAGUCUACAAAAGACCCCGGCCAUUCGGAUCCUGGCUCCAAGCCACUUCUACGGAUUCUUCCUUGUGGUCCUGCUCACGAGGUUCUUCAGAAAUUCCAGCAUCGUACAGUGUACUCGAAUGUGGUGAAUGACGGGAUAGUUCCUUUGCGGACGUCUUCUCUUUUGUUCCUAGACUGGAAAGGUCUGGACCGGGUUGAAAAGGCGAGGAGGGACAAUGGACUUGUUGGAACUAUGGCCGAAUGGGGGUGGGCAGAGUUGACAGGGGCCAACUCGAAAUCCCCGCGCUUAGCUCGCCUCGAUGAAGAACCGCCUUCAAGUCUUCCGACAAUGGAGACCGGGCCUCAAAAUGCAGAUUCUGCGACCAAGGUUCCCCCGAGGCCUAAAGACGACAUUUUGAACGAUACACUCUCUCCCAGGCCGGAGCAAUUUCUAGCACCACCCAAUCGUGUGCGGAAUCAGAGAAUUCCCGGGGAGGCUGUAGUGAAGGAAAAUCUCUCGGGAAAUACGCCUUCCAGUCCCCUGGAAAGCUUUUUUUCGUUGUUCCGCCUAAACCAAGGAAAGAAUCCCCCUAAUAGCAAGAAUGCUAGAAUUUAUAAACGCAGCCAGACCCUGAGCGCUUUGGGGACUGGCGAUGGCGAUGGCGAUGGCAAUGGCACAAUACCCAUUGCUCAAGGACCUUCCUCACACGAGCACGAAGGAGUGCACACGCCCCCAAAAACAACGUUUUUCGAGUCUGCGGGAGACUUGUUGAUGCCACCUUUACCACCCGCGGAUUUCAUUUUGGAUCCUGCGGCGCGACCCCGGACAAUCUUCCACGACCGCAUUUAUCACCCAGAGGAUAUACCGCCACCUUCACCGGAAAAGCGACGCACAUUAGCAUUUGGUUCGCUACAGGGCAAGCAAUCGAAGUCCCCCACGGAGAACCCACCUGCUGGGAUCGCGGGCAGUCAGAGUGGCCUCAAGGUCGAAGAAAAAAUUGCGAGAGCCUAUCACCGUGAUCUAACUUGGCGUAAGGUUCUUGUUCGACUUGAGCCUGAUGCCCACAAUAACAUCAUUGUGCGGCGGAUGUUCACCAAUGCCUAUGGCUGGCCUGUUGUGAAACACCUGGUUGAUACACAUUUCGGCCAUACGCCCACUGCGGAAACUGACGAUUCUCUGAAGCAAAAUGUGGAGAUGGCCAAGUCUCCAGAUAUUGGUCCAACUAGUUCGGGCGAUGAAGUUGAAGUGCAGUCCGAUCCUGUCGAUCCAAGUUCAGGAAGAGAUAGCAAUUUGCCGAAUGUCUCCGAUCUUCAUAUAUCGGAAGAUCUAUCUUCUGGCCCUAGUGACAUAUCACUGGCCGAAGAUGAAUCACGCAUGAGUACCAGUGACAAAACCUACGUAUCGAGACAGGACUCGGCACGAUGGACUGAUCGUGAAGUUGUCGAGGAUGACAGCGAGUCUGGCUUCGAAGUGGAAACUGGCGGUGGUUUCCGUCACAGAUAA